UUGAGAUGACGUCAGUGUCGAAGCAGCAAAGUUUAAUGGCCGAGAGUUUUACGAGUAGUUGUUGCUUUUCCAUUUGGUUGUAAUCGGUUUCAGGUCCGGACCGGAUUAGUCCUACGGGCACCCGGAUGACAGGCUCGCUACAAGACGGCAAGUUGAGGAAAGCAGCAGCGCUGAGCUUCAGGGAAAUCAGGACCGAGGCAGAAAUCUUCACGGAGUCUGGGACGACUGUCAAAGUCAAAGUCAAAGUCAAAGUCAUUUAUUGUCAUAUUCUCCACAUGUGCAGGACAUACAGAGAAAUGAAAUUCAGUUUCAGCACACACAAUUCAAAGAUCAGACAUACGUGGGUAAGACACAUAACAAGAAUUGGUGACUGCGGUCAUUCGCAACAUGAGUCGCGCUACCUUAAUAGUUAGAUGAAAAGGGUGUUACAUGAGGAAAGUUCAGGGAGGGGAAAAAAGGCAUUAACAGGGUUACACCAGCAGGGUGUAGCACUCUAAUGCAAAAAAACACCCGACAUGGAAGCACAGACAGCACGUAUACAACAUCAGAGUCCGAUGGGGAGGUGGGGGUGGGCGGGAUCCUGAAGCCUCCAAUGGGAGCUGCCACUGCGGCGCAUCGACCAGCUGCAGACCAACAGGUGGGAGGGAGAGAUAAGGAACAGAGAGCACAUUGAAGUUCCUGCAGAAUCUGAAGGAAGAGGGUGAAGGUCGGGACACAGCAUCUGUCGGCAUUCCUCCUUUUUGUGGGGGUGUGUUGAGGCAGCCUUGAGAGGCUGCUAUGGCGUCAGAUAAGGAUAAACAUGACUUUGUUUAGGGCAGACAGAGAUAGUCUUCCUCUCCGUCUUGUAGUCUCUAAGUGGUCAUUCAUGUCCACCAGUGAAGCCAAUUUUACAUUCCACAUCCCCGCAUCGUCCGGCGACCCUCUCCGAGAUCAAAUCCAUCUUGCGCACUAACACAGGCAACGCCGCAAGGACAUUGUCCAGCUUACGGUUCACCUCGAGUAACGUCCCAGUCUGUGAGGUCACCGCACGAGCGGCACAUUCCGUGGGUACGGGUCGCACUCCAAUCGCUCCCGUCUUCCCAAAUUUCCAGAAAACCAGAUAUCCUCCCACUCCAAUCAGAAGAAAUCCAGUGAUCAUUAGGCCGAAUAUCCACAAAUCUUCCACGUCCUCGAUGGACAGCUGAGAGAGGCACACGAUUCGCCAGACCUCCCAAGAAUCGAGUGCAUAUCCCGAUGCGAAUGUCCCCUCGGGACAGGUGGGAGCCCCCUUCUCCGUUCUCAUCGUAGAAAAAAUUUUGUCAAUCACGUUGAAUGACCAAUUAAUUAAGUCCAUAUUUCCAAAAAAGAGUAGUGGUUUCAGGAGAAAUGCAGAGAAGUGCUCUGUAGGCAGACAGGACAAGAGCCUUGGGGAAGCCGAUAAGGGAGCUGAGAAAAAAGCGUCUGUACUCUCUGAAGGCUGCAGAAGAGCUGUGAACAGCGACGUGCGCCCCCCGGUGGUGAGAACACAACAACAGAAGAGAGAGGAACCGGACAGGAGUGGAGAUUCUCUGUUUAAGGGGAAGCCAGUGGAGUUGUUGCAGAGCGCGGGUGUUGUGAUGGGUGGUUUGUGAUAACAACACGUGCUGGUUCUGGAGGGAUGUGCUGGGGAGCCCAAAGAGGUGGAGUCAGUCCAGGAAGUGACAAGACAUCACGCUGGUUUGUGCCACUCGGACAAAGAGAACUGAGUGGAGUUCUGUUUGUCAGGACCUUAGUUGGAUCUGCUGUGGACCAGGACGAGAACAGCUGCUUUAGUGGAGAUCUGGACAUCUGCAAUGGGGGACGCCUUUGGUUUGGUCUACUGUCUGGCUAAGGAGGAGGACUAUGAGCAGGUCAUGAAGAUCUGCACUUCAAAGGACUACAACGGACUGGACUACCUGCCUGCCUUCUUUCACCGCUGGCUGAAGGAACCUGGACGGAUCGUCCUCUUGGCUUGGAUGAAAGACAGAGUGGUGGCGCUGGAAUCUGCCUUGCUCGUGGAUGGGGGUCAGACGGUUGUGUUUCAGGGUCGCAGGGUGGUUUCUGACCUCAGAGGCAGUGGCAUCGCUGGCGUCCUCCACAGUCAUGUGACCUCCUACGUCCGCAGUCAGUACCCAGAAGUCUGUGCUGUCAGAAUGAGCCGAGGAGACCAUCCUUCAGAACGAAUCCUGUCUAAGUACAGACUUGUUGCUAAAGAGACAGGUGUUCUCGUCAUCAGAGCAUCUCUGGAGGAGAACCCGGACCAGGACAAGAUCUGUGGAAUGGAUCAGAUGGAUGUUAACGGGAACUAUCUACAUUCUGUCAGAGAAACCAGAAUAACCUCUAGAUCUGACCCAGAAUCUGCACCUGGACCCAAAUACAAAGAGCAGCAGAACCAGUUCCAUCCAGUAAACCCAGAAGUUUCAAACAAAAACGCUUCAACGAGGACCGAUUGAUCCACUUUACGCCCAGAAUCAGAACCAGGGGAUCUUUUAAUCUGGAAACUCCUCCGACAAACAUCAAGCGAAUCAAUAAGACACGAGGCCCCUGAGACCCGACGUUGGACCUGAGGCG